AUGUCGUUUAGAGAAAAGGCCGUAAAAUACUUACUUUCAGUACCAGAAUUAAAAACACAGGCUAAUGCCAUGAACAAGAUUGGUUACACAGCUUUGGAUGUCUUAGACGUCUGUCCAAGAGAUUUUAAAUGUUUUGAAAUCCAAAACAUUCUAAAAGAAGCCGGUGUCAGAAGAUCAACUGAUCUAAAUUCUUCCCUACCAACGACACCAACUGCUGAUGAAGCACAACCAGCUCAAUCCGGAAAGCUAGCUCGAUCAAGGUUUAGGAGAUUGUGGGAGUGCGUUCAUUCGUUCUUAGUUAAACACUGGACGCACCAGGGAAAUUGGAUGGAAGAAACACGUGGCACAUUGAUGGUAGUAGCCACUGUAAUUGCAACCAUGGCUUUCCAAGCUGGGAUCAGCCCACCAGGUGGCGUUUGGCAACAAAAUACAACCAACUACACGGAUGGUUUCUAUUGUACGCAAGAUAAUAUAUGUGAAGGCGGCACAGCAGUUUUAUCUUAUUCCUAUCCAGACGACUACCUAUUCUUCUUAUAUUUCAAUACCACCUCUUUCUUUGCAUCUCUAUGCGUCAUACUUUUGGUCAUUACUGGAUAUCCUCUUAGGAGCAAGUUCUUUAUAUGGCUUUUGACGUUAGCCAUGACUAUCUCAGUCGCGUUCAUGACAUUGACCUAUAUAAAAGCAGUGAUUUUGGUGACCCCAAAUCAUCUUCUUGAUAAAGUUAGCUCAUUGGCGUUUAAAUUGGUAUAUAUUUGGAUGGGAAUCGUUUUGAUUGCUGGGGUAAUUCACAUAAUUCGGCUACUCUAUUGGAUGGCGAAGAAGUUGAUUCACAUAAUUCACCUACUCUAUUGGAUGGCGAAGAAGUUGUGUAAUUUCAUACGCAAGUCAACAAGGGGUCCAACAGAAGACCCGGCUAAUGUCUAA